CGAAGACGUCGCCUUACGCAAAGCCUUCAGCCAGACAUAUCUGGACAUGUGAUCGAGGACUAUUAGUAUGACCACAUUGCCACUUCGAGUCCUCGGAUAUGGACCCAGGAAAUCCAGGUGUUACAAUCAGCCACAUAUGCCUUCACCUGCACGGUCAUCCGGGGCCAAUAAUAGAACUGUCGCAGCCGUCCCAGUGUCCUCGCGAUUCCUCCAUGCAUUGCCACAUCGCUGUCGUGAGCCUGUUGGAUCAGUGUGCUCGUCAGGGCUUCCGGGAUCCAUAGCUUCCACGAAAACUCCUCUAAUUCCGGCCGGCCAAAUUGUGUGCGCUUAAACAGCAGUCAUUCCUCCACCUUCAGGUCUGGGAAUUCAUCCUCAUCGCUCUGGACCGACUCAAUUUUUCUUCGGUAUUCUUCAUCCUCGAAGGCUGUGGUGUCGAACUCCAGGAAGUCGAUAGCGUCCACGUCAGAUUGCGGCUGGAUCGGCCGGAGUAUCCGGCCAAAGCUACUCGGGGGGACCCUCUUCAUCCGGAAUGGGCGGCAUGGCAAUGUCCCAGCAGCCGCAGCACAAGGCCGCGAAUCAGCCAGGACCUGCAGCGCUGCUUCCACAGCAGCAGCAGCAUCCGCGUCAUCCUUCGCCAGCGACAGUGCCCAGGGUCAUAGCCGAGGCAGCAGCUCUGGCUGGAGCUGGGGCUGGCAUCGACAUUGGCCUGCACGCCCAUGGAUAUCUGCCCAGUGCCACGGAAAUGACCAUCGGACACAUUUACCAGGAGCUCAUGGGCAUGAAUUUCAAUCAGGCCAAUAUACAGCAGCAGCAGCAGCAACACCACCACCACCAGCAGCAGCAGCACCACCACCAGCAGCAGCAGCAGCAGCACCACCACCAGCAGCAGCAGCAGGCGGCUCUGAAGCAGCAGCAGCAGGCGGCUCUGAAGCAGCAGGCGGCUCUCCUCUCCUACGGCCAAAAGGCCGUAACAGCAACUGGCAUAGUCCCUGACCCACGCGACGUAUGUUCUCAAAGCGGUGUUUCUUGCGUAUCGUGCCCGUUUGCGUCGCCAGGUCCACUUCUGGGACAACUAGAGUACGGCCAGGACAUUACACUCCACACCCACAGAUUAGAUGACUAGUUUUAAAAUA